UUAUCUAUUUGAUGGAGGUGUUUCCGUUUCUGUCUCAUUUGCUGGUGUAACGCAGAGGAUUAUUUGCAGAGGAACAUUUCAUGAGACUCAGAGAGAAGUAGUCGACUUCGUGUUUUAAAAAGUUAAGUUCCCUUAAAACAGGUGAACAGAGUUCCCAAUUACAACCGACUGACAGACGGGUAACUCUUCAAACAGAAUUCAGCAUCAGAUUUAGCAGUGUUACCUUGACAACGAGAUUACAGGAUACUGAAACGAAUUUAACUUUUCUAGAAAUAAAAAUACAAACAAAACUGUAUAAUGGCGGAGCAAGACAGUUUUUCAUACCUAAAGACAUUUCCUCAGGUGUUUCCUGUAUUUCGAGUUCGUUCUUUAAGUGACACUUCUGCUUUUAAAUCCAGAAUAUUGACCAGGCUCCGCUCAGCAUGCUCAGUGGACGGUCUGGAAAAAUCUUCUCUGGCCAACUGUGAUGUCGUGGGAAGCUCGCAGUCUCCUCAGCUGAAAGGAAAGGGAGGAAAGCUCUCUUCUCUGGGCAAGAUCUUUAAACCUUGGAAAUGGAGAAAGAAGAGGACCAGUGAUAAGUUUCAGGACCUCUCCAAGGUUCUGGAGAGGAAAAUAUCCACCAGGCAAACUCGAGAAGAGCUCAUAAGGAAAGGUGUCCUUAUUCCAGAGCAAGAUGAUCCUUUGAACACAGAGACCUUGAAUGGUCAUGCAUUGCCCAGUGGAGUUACUGAAAAAGUCAAAGUGGACAUUGAAACACCAGAACUGGUCCCUGAAGAAAAAGACUUGGCGGCAGUGGCAGAGGACCCAGAAGUAGAGAGGAAUGACAGCAAGCCCAGCCCAAAGGCCAGUGAGUCAACCGCUCCAAAAACCCCUACUAAAAAAAACCAGACCUCACUCCCCAAACUCUCUGGUGAGGCCACAAACUCAGGUGUGAAGAAAGGUGGCCAAGCAGGGGGUAAAAAGGUAACCAAGACCACCAAUAAGCAGGUCUCCGCUCCUCCACCCAAACAAACCACCCGAACUGCCACUCGUGGCAAUGCAAAAACAUUGAAUCCUAAGAAAACUGCAGGCACAUCCAAGAGUUCCACUCAGGCCUCGGGUCAAUCAUCUUCAUCGACCUGCUCGAAAACCCCAAAGAACAACAACUCAGAACUAACAGCAGCACAAGCCAAGUCUGCCAAAAAACCUGCACCCUCCAGGUCACCGCGGCCCCCUUCCAAAACCCCGUCCGAGACUGUGGAAAGCUCCUCUAAAAAGGACCAAAGGAAAAAAGAAUUAACCUCAAAUGGUAAUGAGAAAGCAGGGGAGAAAUCUCAGGAUGGGAAGGGUGCCGAUCAAGUUUCCGAGUCCUCUGCCGAGAUGGACAAAAGACAGCCUCAUGUUAACCAAGCCACAGAGGAAACAUCCUUCACUGGAUCCUCAAAUGAACUCUCCUCAGACACUUUAGGUGAACCUGUGAGCACAGAGAGCGAAGAAGUGAAAGAGAGGGCAGCGGCAGACCAGAUACAAAGGAUUGUUGGGACUGCAGGGGGAGAGAGACAACAAACCGUCAAUGUGGAAAGCCCAGAGGUGACCGUCAUUCCUGACUCCAUUCGAGAAAACCAGGCCAACGACUCAGAUGAUUCAGAUGGACCUAUACUCUACAAGGACGAAGAAGAGGAGGACGAAGAUGAUGAGUAUACCUCUAGCUCCCUUGCCAUGAAAAUUCGACGCAGGGACACACUUGCUAUCAAACUUGGUAACAGGCCCAGCAAGAAGGAGCUAGAAGAGAAGAACAUUCUCCCGCGGACCUCCGAGAUGCAGCGACAGGAGCUGUGGCAGCAGAUCGGCUGUAAACUAGUGAGACGGCUGAGUCAAAGGCCCACCACAGAAGAGCUCGAGCAGCGAAAUAUUCUGAAGCAGAAAAAUGAGGAAGAAGAACAAGAGGCCAAGCAGGAGAUUAAAAGAAGACUGUCCCGAAAGCUCAGCGUCCGGCCCACAGUCGCAGAACUGGUGGCACGUAGAAUUUUGCGGUUCAAUGAAUAUGUGGAGGUCACAGAAGCAAAAGACUAUGAUCGGCGUGCUGACAAGCCCUGGACCAGGUUGACCCCUGCAGACAAAGCUGCUAUACGUAAAGAACUUAAUGAAUUUAAAAGCAAAGAAAUGGAAGUCCACGAAGAAAGCAAACAGUUUACCAGGUUUCAUCGGCCCUGAGGCGGUGCCUGGUGGAGGGGGUGCUGGAUCUCUCUUCCUGUCUCUUCGCCAUGUUUCCUGCCGAGAGGCUAACAGACGGCGGCAGCCGGCUCUUCUCUGGCACCGGAUGCACUUUGGUUAUUGCUUUCAGCCACUAGGGGGCUACAGCGUGGCUAAAGAUGGGCCUGGAAUGCAAUUAUGAACUGAAACGAAGAGAGAGAGAGAGAGGCUUUCAAACAAGAUAAAGCAAUGCAAUUGUUUUUUUUCAUAUCAGGAACCUUUUUUGCACACACUAAUGACAAGACUUACACUCUUUUAAUUUAAAGUGUCCCUGAUAUUUUCGAAAGGUUCACUUGAGCACAACAGUGUAAAACUGAGCGCGUGCGGUGACUCAACAGUGGCUUACGUUGUUGAUGCGUGCAGCUCUGAGGAUUGUUUUUUUUGGUGUUGUAUAUAUUACAUAUUUCUUGCUGUAUUCGUGCAGAGUCCAGUAAUAUCUAUGAAUAUCCAUGCAUGUGAAAAAACAUUUUAUACGACUCAUGUAUCUGGUUCUGUGUCCAUUACAUGGAUAUUGAGGUCCAUUGUUAUGUCCAGGUUUAUUACUGCCAUUAUUCCUCUGUAUCCAGAUUAAAACCGUCCUCAGUAUAAUAGAAUGUAAUCAGAUUUAUGUUGUGCCUUUACAGUGUUGUUUUUUUUU